UCAAUCAGUUAAAUACUUAAUUCUUACUUUUCUUAAGCUUAUUUUCAGUUCACUAACACUGUUUACUUUUUUUCAUCAACGUGAUCUAUAUAUAUAAUCUAAAAACUUUUAUCAUAGUUUACUUAGUAUCCAGCCAGAUUAUAACGAUCAGUAUUGUUAAUCAUUUUCACCUGUUAUAUACGUUAAUCGUUCGUCAAUUUUAUCAAUGUGCUAUUUCACCAAACAUAAUAAUAAUAAUCGUGUAUUGACAAGGUCACUAACGACGAUGGAAUUAUUCAUAACGAUUGUGACACUAGUUAUAACUCAAAGUUACGCUGAUGUGGAGAUUCCGUACACUGAAACUUUAUUUGAAAUGGAAACAUCAACAGUUGAAGAACUUCCACCACUGCCAGGACUUCUUUAUCCCCGAGAAAGUGAAUCAAGAGAGGUAAAGUCAUUAGAUGGACUUUGGGAUUUUAGUAUCACUCCGGAUGAUCUAGGAAAGAGUCAACAAGAUAAUUGGCUCGCUGAUGAAUUGUCGAAGUCAGUGGAUGUAAUGCAAAUGCCAGUGCCAUCGUCUUAUAAUGACAUUACGACAUCAGCAAAACUAAGAGAUCAUGUUGGAGCAGUCUGGUAUGAGAAGAAUUUUUUCGUUCCACUCUCUUGGACCGAACAACGAGUCUUCGUUAGAUUUGGUUCCGUUAAUUAUCUCGCUCAAGUGUGGGUGAACGGCAUAAUGGUAAUGAACCACGAAAUGGGACAUCUCCCAUUUGAAGCAGAGAUAUCUCAGUAUCUGAUAUUUGGCAGCAAGAACCGCAUCACUGUUGCUGUAGAUAACACACUCCUCCAAACAAGCGUACCUCAAGGCAAACUUUCUGAAGUUCAUGUAGAUAAUGGCACUUCCUGGAUCCAAUCUUACACAUUUGACUUUUUCAAUUAUGCUGGAAUUCAUAGACCAGUGUUACUUCACACAAAACCCAAAGUUUAUAUUGAAGAUAUCACAAUAAAAACGUCAACUUCAGGAGAUACAGGAAUUGUAAAGUAUAUGAUACAAGUUGCAGGAUAUGAUGAUGAAGAGCUUGUAGAUUGUUCAGUAAUUCUUCGUGAAGAAAGUGGAAAAUUAGUAACUGAAAAUUCAGUUCAUGGAUUUUCCGGAACUAUAAAAGUACCUAACGCUAAACUUUGGUGGCCUAGAGGAAUGAGUAGUCGACCUGCUUACAUGUAUACACUAGAAGUCUCAAUAUCUGUCAACAACUUAUCAAUAUCUGACAUUUACCGGCUUCCAGUUGGAAUUAGAACACUAAAAUGGACUAAUACAAGUCUAUUACUUAAUAAUAAGCCUGUAUAUAUGAGAGGGUUUGGUCGUCAUGAAGAUUCUGUACUGAGAGGACGGGGAUUGGAUUUAGUUACAAUGACAAGAGAUUAUGAGUUACUGAAGUGGGUGGGAGCUAAUGCUUACCGAACUAGUCAUUACCCAUACAGUGAUGAAGUUAUGGACAUGGCAGACAGACAAGGAUUUCUCAUCAUUGAUGAAUGUCCCUCCGUUGAUACUGAAAACUUUAACCCAACCCUUCUAGCAUUGCAUAAAUCAUCAAUUUCACAACUCAUUCGCAGAGAUAAGAACCGACCUUCUGUUAUCAUGUGGUCGAUCGCAAAUGAGCCAAGGACACAAUUGCCAGAUGCUGACGAGUACUUUAAAGAAAUUGCUAGACACACAAAGACCCUUGAUCCUACAAGACCAAUUACAGCAGCCUUAGCACGAGGAGUUACUGAAGAUAAAGCAGGACAGUACUUAGAUAUCAUUAGUUUCAACAGAUACAAUGCAUGGUAUCACAAUACAGGCAGAUUAAACAUGAUUACGGAGAAUGUCAAAAGCGAGGCUGAAGCAUGGUUCGCUAAACACAAUAAACCAGUUCUCAUGUCUGAAUACGGAGCUGAUACCAUGCCUGGUUUACACGAACUUCCUGAAUAUGUUUGGAGUGAAGAAUACCAAUUAGCUACACUUUCAAAACACUUUCUUGCAUUUGAUGAUCUCCGAGAACAGGGUUGGUUCAUUGGAGAAUUUAUUUGGAACUUUGCAGAUUUUCGCACAGCCCAAACAUAUACUAGAGUAGGAGGGAAUAAAAAAGGAAUAUUUACAAGAACCAGAGAACCAAAAAUGGCAGCUCAUCAUGUUAGAAAACGAUAUCAUGCUUUAGGAUUUGAAAUCGAUGGAGAACAACCACCUGAAGAUAUAGAGUACUACAUUUCAAAUAUUUCUAUUCAUAGAUAAUAUUUAUUAAAUUUCCAUUUGUUUUUUUACACUGAAAUUGAAAAAAAAUGAUAUUUGCGAGUGAACAAAAUACGUAAGACAUUCUGAACAAAAAUAACUUUAAGUCGUAUAGUAUGUCACUACUUGAUAAAAAAUAAGUUUUUUAUAAUUUUCAAUGUAGAAAGCUUUUAAAAACUCAAAUACAGUAAAUCAUAAUUUUUAAUAUAACAAAAAUCAAAGUUUUAUUCAUGAUAGAACAUGAUACAUUACCACACACUCAAUGAAACAUUAAUAAAUUCAUGCUCAUUUUAUUAAUCUUAAAUAUUGUUCUAUAAAAUAAAUUUGUGGACACAUUAAAAUUUAUUGUUUAAAGAUCAUUAAUCAUAAUCAA